GAGGCACUAUAUAAGCCACGCCAGAGCAGGCCCUAAGCCAUAACCUCUUUAGAGCGUGUAUACCAUGAAGCUAUACUCAUUCUGGGCAUUUGCAGUGCUCUGCCUCUGCCUAGGCCAAGUGGCCACCAGCGAGAAGCUGGUCAACUGCUAUUGGGGCACCUGGGCCAACUAUCGUCCGGGCGAUGGCAAGUUCACGCCCUCCGAUAUCGAUCCCUUCCUGUGCACCCACAUCAGCUACACCUUCUUCGGGAUCGGCGAUGGGGGCGAGUUCAAGUCCCUUGACACCUGGUUGGACAUGGACGAUGGACUGGGCUUCAUCAGUCAGACCAUUGCCCUGAAGCAACGGAAUCCCAAGCUUAAGAUCCUGGCUGUAGUGGGUGGGUGGAACGAGGGCUCCAUUAAGUACUCGGAAAUGGCCGCCGAUCCAGGCAAGCGUGCCACCUUUAUCUCCACCAGUUUGGCGUUUAUCCAGCAAUACGGCUUUGACGGUCUGGACCUCGACUGGGAAUAUCCCGGGCAGCGCGGAGGCAAUGAGGAGGCAGAUCGCGUCAACUUUGUCACCCUUCUCCGUGAAAUCAAGGAAACCUACGAUCGGUAUGGCCUGGAGCUGGGCAUUGCUGUGGGCGCGUCUGAAAAGUCGGCGAAAAUCUCGUAUGAUAUUCCGGCCAUUUCCCAGCACCUAACCUUCAUCAAUGUGAUGACCUACGACUUCCACAUGGCUCUCGAUGGCUACCUGGGCUUGAAUGCCCCCCUGCCCGAGGUGACCGAGUCCAUUGACUACUGGCUGGCUCAAGGUGCACCCGCUGAGAAGCUGAUCCUGGGCAUUGGCUUCUAUGGUCACAGCUACCAAAUGGCCGAUGCCUCACAAAAUUGGCCUGGAGCCGCUUGCAUUGGCCCUGGCUCCGCUGGCGUGUACACGCGAGAGAACGGAUUCAUGGGAUACCACGAGAUCUGCUUGAACAAUUGGCAGACUGUGUUCGACCAGGAGAAUGGUGCCCCGUACGCAUUCCAGGGCGAUCAGUGGAUAGGCUACGAUAAUCCCGAGAGCAUCGAGAUGAAGAUGAAGCUGGUCGAGUCGCGCAACCUGGGCGGUGCCAUGAUGUGGUCCAUUGAGACGGACGACUUCCGCGGCCUCUGUGGAGAGUCAUAUCCCCUUCUGAAAACCAUGAACCGCGCUCUCGGCAAGGAGGUGAGCGGCGGCGGCGGCGGCGGAGGUGGUGGCAAUGUGACACCAGCUCCCACUCCUGGUCCAACUCAGGGCGGUGGCGGUGGCGGUGGUGGAUCUGGAUCCCCAGCUGGAGAUUGCUCCAGCGAUGGUUAUUUCCUGCACAGCAGCGACUGCAGCAGAUACUACCAGUGCGUCGGUGGCCUCCGCUACGAUUUCGAGUGCACCCCGGGCCUCCACUUCGAUGUAUCCAUCAACACCUGCAAUUGGCCGGAAGAGGCCAACUGUCCCUACUAAAAUUAAUGCAAAAAUACAACCAAAUCAGAGUUUAAUCAGACUAUAAACACAGAGAUCUUUAAGUGGCCAAAAAUACUGGCCGGACCCCUGCAACGAUUGAAAGAUAAUCCCAGAUUUAUGACUAAACAAAUUACGAUUAGAUUCCAUGAACAAAAAAAAACACUUUCGAUACUUCGUGCCAAUAGUGCUCAUAGUAUUCAAAAUUAGUCACUUGUCCACCGCCCGGCGAUCCGGCAGGUCUAGUGAUAAUGCCUUAACAAGCCAUGAGUCAAUUUCAAUAUUGCAUUAUUGAUAAGCGGAAUUAUAAUGCAAUUGUCCUCGAAACCAUAAUAUUUACCCCUACAAGGCGAUUCCAUUGAAAUGUAUGUUACACAUUUGGUACACAUUACACAGUAUAGUCUCGUAAACUGCUGUCACUAUGAUUCAUACACGACAUUCUUGGAUUGCCUACUACCAUCUGAUAUAUUUUUAGCACUACCAGCAAGUUUCGAUAAGAACAUUUAGAUCAAGUUUGCUUUGGACUCGACAUUAAAUUGAGAAUACAGAA